GUGUUACGGUGGAUGAGAGGCCCAUUUAUAUCCACGCGAUUCACUGGCGAAGCAGAAGCUACCGCCGCCGAUCACCGAUGGCGAUCGCCGCCGCGCGCCGGCGGCUGUGGCGCGGGCUGACGACUGCGGCCGCCGCCUCCGUAGGGGUGGAAGCGGACACCAGCGCCUUGCUCGCGCGCCUUGUCGCCGAGCCUGAGUACCGCGUGAAGGCGACGAUGGAGGAGGCGAGCGGCGGCUCCUCCGCGGCGGCCGCCUUCUGGGAGCCCCUCGCCGCCGCCCUCCUCCGCGCGUCGUCCCCGACUAAGGCAAACCUCGUCUUGGAAUGGAAGCUAGAGAAGCUAAUCAAGGAAGGGAUCCGUGAUUGUGAGCCCUACUCAGUGAUAAUCCGUUUCUGCCGAGAGACAAAGAAUGCAGAAUUUGCAAUGAAAGUCUUUGAAUUCGUGGAGGAGCUUGGAAUUCAGCUGAACACUGGCAUUUUCAAUGCCCUUAUCAAUGCUUUCUUGUCGGUAGGAGAUCUCCUUGCUGCAAUGACCUUAUAUGAGGCUAUGGAAGACAUAGAGGAUUGCAAGCCCAACUCCGCUACAUAUGAUGCAUUCAUUUCUGCAUUUUCACGGCUUGGGAGUGGCCAUGCAAUGAUGAGCUGGUACCUGGCAUCAAAGGAUGCAGGAUUUACUCCUAGCAUUAAGGCCUUUGAAUAUUUGAUCACAGGUUUUGUGAAGUUGGACAGGCUAGAUGAUGCUGAAGUGGUAUUUGAAGAAAUGAUUUGCUUUGAAAUUAAGCCAAACUUUGCUAUACUGGAGGCCAAGCUUGAGCUGCUUUCAAGAAGGAAAGACCCUAACAGGGUAAAAGUAUUUUUGGAACUUGUAAGCGAUGGGAAUCAAGAGUUGAGUGAAGCUACAGUUGAGAGGUUAACAAGAUUAUGCCUGUACGAAGACAAAAUUGGUGAACUGGACCAGUUACUUUCCCUAGUACAAGGCAUGCACACGAGUUCUUUAACUAAGCUGCACUGUGGAAUUAUCAGAUUCUAUGCUAAUGCUGAUCGCUUGUCUGAUAUGGAGCAUGCAAUUUUCCAGAUGUUGGAUAAUGGCAUGGUUUUUGCCCACUCAGAGGAUGUUGAGGCUGUUAUCUGUUCUUAUUUUCGUCACAAGGACUUUGAUAGGUUGGAUCUAUUCUUAAACCGAAUACGGAGUUUGUACAAGCUCACCCGGUCUACUUAUGAUAUAUUGAUUUCUGGAUAUCAGAGGUUGAAUUUACACGGAAGGCUCGACUUGGCCAUAAAAGAUAUGAGGGAAGCUGGGUUUGCAUGAGUUCCUGCAAAACAUUCAUUGUUCUGUGACCUCCUAAAAACAAAUUUCCUGUGGAUUUUGGAAAAGAAGGCUACAACAAUCUCCGCCGCCCGCCUCCCCGCCUGACUCUGCCUUAGGCGCCACCAUGCGGCAGCAGCGUGGGUAGACGAGGAGGAGGCUGGGAGCGGGGCGAGGAGCUCGACGACAGCGCCGGCCGCGGCCCUGCUGAGGAUGGAGGAGCGGCGAGGAGAGAAGAGAGGCUUAACCUGCUGAGGAUGUACAUAUCUUUAAUCUUUUAUUAAUAUAACAUAGUAGGAGCCUCUCCUGCUGUUUAACCGGCUAAAAAAAAAAGAGAGGCUUCUGGCCGCCGCCCCUCCGCUCCUCCCCGCCGCUCUGCUGGCAUGCUUCGACCAUCGUCGUCGUCAGAGGCGGCGUCAGAGGCGGCGGGGACUAGGACGACAACAACGGCGACGGCUACGGAGCAGCACCGAAGACGACGCAACGAGGAAAAAGAGGGAGAGCCGACAGGAGGAGAGGGAAUGAUAUGUGGGGCCCGCCCCACCAUAAUAUUUUUAAACUGAUAUGUGGGUCCCACUAUUCUUAAAUUAUUUUUUGCGUGUCGCUGGCAUGUGGGCUCACGGUUUUUAUUAUUUCUCUGAGAUAUAAUUACUACGUUAGCGCCACGUCAAUACCACGUGGGAUGGAGACCUAGUCAAACCAGCCACGUAGGCGCCACCUCAGCCAAAACCACUUUUUAAACCGCCGAGGGACCUCGUUUACACCGGUUUUGACAGUUCAGGGACCGGUUGUA